CUCUCACUCCUGCUCCUCCAGUUGUAAACUUGUGAUAUUCAUAUAAGACGCACACCCACACUAGGAAAAACGCGACGCCAGCGAAACCUAGUGAGAGAAAAACGAGAGAGGGAGAGAGAAGCCGUCGACGACGUCGCUUCGGUCUUGGUCUCGCUGCUCCAUUCGCAUUCGGAAAUGGUGGAUCAGGGCAUCCUGGGAUGGAUCUUCGCCUCCUUGCUGGGGUUCGUCGUCUUCCGUAGCGUGCUUCUGAAGAACAAGAAGAAGGACGGUGCUUCUGUGGAGAUCAGGGAUGAAUGCGUGAAAAGCACCGCUAAUGGAGAAUGCAGAUCGAAGACCGCUUACGAGGAGGCUGACGUCAUCAUCGUCGGGGCCGGCGUCGCGGGCGCCGCUCUCGCUAAUACUCUCGGCAAGGAUGGGCGUAGGGUACGCGUGAUUGAAAGAGACUUAACUGAGCCUGACCGAAUUGUUGGUGAACUGCUACAGCCAGGGGGCUACCUCAAAUUGAUUGAGUUGGGGCUUCAAGAUUGCGUAGAGGAAAUUGAUGCUCAGCGGGUGUUUGGCUAUGCUCUCUUUAAGGAUGGAAAGAAUACGAAACUCUCUUAUCCUCUGGAAAAAUUCGAUUCAGAUGUUGCCGGAAGGAGCUUUCACAACGGCCGCUUCAUACAAAGGAUGCGAGAGAAAGCUGCAACCCUUCCCAAUGUACAGUUGGAGCAAGGAACUGUUACAUCUUUACUUGAAGAAAAGGGGACCAUUAGAGGGGUAAAUUACAAGACUAAAGAUGGUGAAACAAUGACAGCAUAUGCUCCUUUAACCAUUGUAUGUGAUGGUUGUUUCUCAAACUUGCGCCGCUCCCUUUGUACCCCUAAGGUAGAUGUGCCCUCAUGUUUUGUCGGUUUGUUGCUGGAAGACUGUGAGCUCCCAUUUGCAAAUCAUGGGCAUGUUGUUUUAGCAGAUCCUUCUCCUAUCUUGUUUUAUCGUAUCAGCAGUACAGAGAUUCGAUGUCUGGUUGAUGUACCUGGUCAAAAGGUGCCUUCUAUUUCAAAUGGUGAAAUGGCCAAGUAUUUGAAGGCUGUGGUGGCUCCCCAAAUUCCUCCUGAGCUGUAUGAUGGGUUUAUAGCUGCAAUCAAUAAAGGAAACAUAAGGACGAUGCCUAAUAGAAGCAUGCCAGCUGCUCCACAUCCUACUCCUGGGGCCUUGUUGAUGGGGGAUGCAUUUAAUAUGCGCCAUCCUUUAACUGGUGGAGGAAUGACCGUGGCACUAUCUGAUAUUGUUGUGCUACGAGAUCUUCUCAGGCCUCUGCAUGACCUGAAUGAUGCAGCUACACUUUGCAAAUAUCUCGAGUCCUUUUAUACCUUGCGAAAGCCUGUGGCAUCCACAAUAAAUACAUUGGCAGGUGCCCUGUAUAAGGUGUUUUGUGCUUCACCAGAUCAAGCAAGGAAGGAAAUGCGUGAUGCGUGCUUUGAUUAUUUAAGCCUUGGAGGUGUGUGUUCAUCAGGGCCAGUGUCUCUACUAUCAGGGCUAAAUCCUCGUCCAUUGAGCUUGGUUUGUCACUUCUUUGCGGUGGCAAUAUUUGGUGUUGGUCGUUUAUUGCUGCCAUUUCCUUCACCAAAACGUGUAUGGAUUGGAGCUAGAAUAAUUUCAGGUGCAUCGGGAAUCAUUUUCCCCAUCAUAAAGGCAGAAGGAGUUAGGCAAAUGUUCUUUCCUGCAACAGUUCCAGCAUAUUACAGAGCUCCUCCUGUUAAGUGAAGUUUUGAAGCUGAAUUACAAAAGGUGAAAAUGGUUAAGGGGGGGUUCCAAUCAAGACGAGCUACUUUGUCACAUUCCCUUGUUCAAAGAUAACGGGGAAGUGAUUGUUCGAAUAUGUGCAUUAUGACAUGUUUUGGUUGUCAGGACUUCCUUUUUCUCUGAUAUCAAAAUAUACUCUUUUCUUUUUCUUCCAAA